GAGAGAAACACGGAAACGAAACGAAAAAAGCACACACGACCUACUUUUACUUUCAUUGAACCCAAUGUUUGGGAGCAUUGGAACGCAUUUAUCUUCUAAAUUAUAAGAGCCUGUUUACACUACGCCCAAUGGAUGACAGUCAAAUCAGCCCCUUAACACUCAUCUGUGUGGGGUCCAGCUUUGCAUUUUCAGGCCUGUUUUAUCACUUAUACCAACAGAAGAAACUGGAAAUACAAAGGAUCAAGGAAACACCGAAAUUUCAGCCCGAUGAAGAGUUGGUAAAGAUAGUAAAGGCUUCACCACGAAAACGGCUGCAGUAUGUUGCAAUAGAAGGAGUUGUUCAGCCUGAUGGUGAGCCCUUGGCCAGUCAGUAUGUCCCACGAUGCUUUGGGGUGGUACAGAAGGUGGUUGUGCGGGAGCACUGGAAAUUCUGGAACUCGAAGACAAACAUAUGGACUCCCAGGGAGAUCAACACCAAGGAGACGAACAAUGCGGUGCCCUUCAGCCUGGUGUACCCAGGGGCCCUCUUCAGCAAGGUGUCCGUGAAGGUGCAGUCUCCACUGGAGGCUGCGGGGUCUUUCAUGGAGCAGGUGUACCGGCGCAUGCAGCAUGCCAAGGAGGACCUGGUUAACAUCCUGGUGCAGGAGAUGAGUGGAGAGAAGCCAGUCGCCCUGGAGGAGACCGAGGAGCUGCUGCGUGUGGGGGCCACGCUGACGGGCUUCGGGGAGCUGGUCCUGGAGCAGGGUCACGUGCUGAGGCUGCAGCCCCCUCAGGAUGGCCGGCAGUACCUCCUCGUACCCACUGAUUAUCGCGGGUUUCUGCAGAUGCAUCAGAACACGGCCACCAUGUGGAAGGUUCUGACAGCCCUCUUCGGCCUCGCAGGGGCCACGCUGCUUGCCUGGGCCCUCUACAGGGUGUACCGGGGACGGGAUAACAACAGGCCCGGGAACUAGGCCUCUAGUAACAUCAGUUGUGUUGGUGCACAGCUGCAACACAACCUGAAACAGUUUAGCAUUUUUGUUUAUCAGUGGUGUAAUGUCCCGCUAUACCACUGUCCCAGUGUGUGGUUCACAUGGUCAGAGCAUCUGUGACUUGGGACGGUUACUAGUAUACACUGGAAAACCAGGAGGUAAAGCCAAAUUUAAACAACAUUCUGCCUCUGCAUUUCCUUUCUAUGUCUGUUUCUGUUUCGAUCUGGCUGCAAAAACCAACCAAAGGUUAUAAUCUCAGGUGAUAAGACAACCAUUAUGGUAUCUAUAUUCACUCCAUCAGGAGAUAAAUGUUAUGAAUCACCCCAGAACUGACCAAUCUGGUGAAUGGGAAACUUAAGCUGCACUACAUACUAGGAAUUGUAAGGGACUCUGGGAUACUGCAUAAACAAGACUUUGUGGGCAUGUCUGAACAAAUAUGUACUGAUUCCAAUCAAUGCUUUGAAUGUGAAUAAAUCAAA